UGCUAGGUAGCUGUCAAACUGAAAUAAUAAAUUGAUUUCUACUGUUCAGUCAGUUCAGUGUGUUAAUUGUGUUUCUUUAAAUAAUACCGCUUAAACGUAACUAAAUAACUUCUAAUAUUAAGUAUCCUAAUUGGGCCUCCAGCCCAAACAAACUUUUGUUCUUUGUAAAAAAGUGCCAAAACUCAAUUUCAGUGUAAAUAGCUCAUACACAAAACAAUGGCUGAUAUUCUUGAUAUAUUAGAGUUAGAGCAACCAGCUAAUGAGAUCAGUAGGGAUAGUAUAAUACAUGGAGAUAAAGUGAAGAAGAAGUAUGUGACUGCAAAAGCAGUGAAGCGACCUGAGGGGAUGCACAGAGAAGUAUUUGCAUUGUUGUACAAUGACAACAAAGAUUUACCUCCACUUUUGCCCACCGACACAGGCAAAGCCUACAAACAAACAAAGGCUAAGCUUGGUAUGAGAAAGGUGAGAAAAUGGGUGUGGGCUCCAUUUACAAACCCUGCAAGGACUGACAAUGCUGUCUUUCACCAUUGGAAACGAGCAGCGGAUGAAGCCAAGGAGUAUCCCUUUGCGCAGUUCAACAAGCAAGUGUCAAUACCAUCUUAUUCAGAGUCAGAAUACAAUCAGUAUUUGAAGUCUGAGGAUUGGAGUCAGGCUGAAACUGACCACUUAAUGGACUUAUGCCAAAGAUUCGAUCUGCGGUUCAUUGUCAUCCAUGACCGCUGGGACAGAGCUGCGUUCAGGGAUCGCACUGUUGAAGAUUUAAAAGAACGAUACUAUGGAAUCUGUGCUACGUUGAGCAAGGUGAAAACAAAUCCAUGGUCCAAUACUGUCACAAUGGUAAAUGGAGAGAAACGGAUAUACCAUUACGAUGCAGAACAUGAGAGGAAGAGAAAGGAACAACUCAGGAGACUAUUUGAUAGGACACAAGACCAGAUUGACGAGGAACAAAUGCUUAUAACAGAACUCAAGAAGAUAGAAGCCCGUAAACGUGAGAGAGAACGUAAGACCCAAGAUUUACAGAAGCUAAUAUCCAGAGCGGACAGUGGAAACUUGCCACCAAUAAAUCAAGUGACCAAUAACAAUGAAGGGGCCAGUACGCCUUCUAAUAAUGCUUCGAGUAUUGCUCGGCGCCAUGACAGGAAGCUGCACAAGAAGAAACUGACUGCUCAACAAAGACCUGUGAGGGCUGUGGAAACUGUUACUGUAGAAUGGUCUGGUAUCAAGUUCCCCGAGUCUCGUGCAACAGGUGUAUCAAUGAGGUCACAACGGAUGAAGCUUCCUCCUGGAGUUGGACAGCGGAAGACUAAAGCCAUAGAGCAAGAAUUAAGACUGAUGAAUAUAGAUGUGGCACCGACACCAACUGAAGCCAUCUGCAAACAUUUCAAUGAACUACGGUCUGAUCUUGCUCUAGCAUUAGAUUUGAAGAAUGCUUUAGCUUCAUGUGAAUUUGAACUGCAAGCGCUGAGACACCAAUAUGAAGCUCUCAAUCCUGGAAAGACACUCACCAUACCGCCUUCAAUCUGCAAUAUGGCAGCUGACAAUGAAACCAAGCCAGUCGGUGAAAUCAUUGAUGUUGUUGGAUCUCCGAGUGCAUUGAAUUCAACCAUCUAGUAUUAUAUAGUAGUCACCGAGAGAAGUCACCAGUCUCCAGACUGAGACUAAUGUAUUGAGCAAUGCAAUGCUUCUACUGUAAUUGUAAAUUAGAAUAUGGGAACAGACAUACUGUUUUUAAGUACUGUAUUUGAUAUUUGCGGCUUUGAGGAAGGUACAAUGUGAAUAAACAAUGAUUAUCUUAUA